AUGCUCAUCAGACCCACUUGCUCUUACUGCUCGAGACAUGGCUUCAGCUGCUGCUACAAGGCAGAUAAUAAGAGAUCUCGUGCUGGAUGUCUACAGCCACAGUCUAUACCUACUAGACAGAAUAUCAGCUGCUAUAAGAUCUGGCAGUCUCCUCUGACCAAGUCUACUUCGCAGUAUACUAUGUCCUCUGUGCCCGCGAAUGGGAAAGAACUCUCCAAAAGUAUUGACCACGGUCUCCCAACGGACGGCUCGAUGGUCGACCGUCUCUCUAUAUCAUCACUCUCUCAGUCGUCGUCACCUCUGGACCCUCCGGGUACUCCGGGUCCCUUGCGUUCUUUGGGUCCGCUGGGUCCGCUGGGUCCAGUUGCUUCUUGUGCCUCUUCCAAAAUUCGUAAUCUCUCUGUGGAGUCUUCUGACUUGAUGCUUAAUGCUUCAUCGACAGCAGAGUGCACGUCGGUUGGGAAGAUUCAAUCUGUAGCUUCGGGAUUCUUUCCCUUUCAUGUCAAAAGUCCUCAAAGUGAUAUAUCUGUCUCUCCUGGAAACUACGAAGUGUCCAAUAAAGAUAGAAAAGGUUCUGUGUUCACAAAUAUUAUCAACUCAGCGCUGUAUAAUACUGCAGCAUCUCCGAAGGAGGAUUUGAAGCUUUUGUAUUCGUUUGUCCCUGAAAAGAAGGUCAGUGAUGAACUGUUCCAUCGCUUUAGAACAUCUGUGCAUCCGGUAUUGCCUCUUCUCGACUGGGAAUCGCUUUCUCAAGAGUAUGAGAAAUUCUGGAAUGAUAGCAGUACCGCUGAUUUACCUUUCUACAUUCGUCUUUUCACUGUGCUUUACGCUGCUUCUGUUUCCAGAUACGAGGAGGAUUGUCUUCAUAGAGAGUCUGUCGAUAUUCGUCAACAAGUAUUGAUUAUGAAUAGAUUUGUGGGUUCUGCCGAAAUUGCAUUGUCUAUGUAUCACUUUCCUAGAAAAAUAACCAUUGAAGGUCUUCAGGCUUCUGUUCUUCUUCAUUCAGUUCUAAGAAAUGACUGUCGUACAGAUGAUUCUGGCAGUGUUGGUACACUCAUUAGAUUGGCACAAACCAUCGAACUUCAUAGAGAUCCUCUAAGAUAUCAUGGUAUCAAAGACCUUAAAACCGUUCAAAAGAGGCGUCUUCUAUGGUGGCAGAUUUUUUAUCUCGAUACUACUACCUCUUUAUCGAAUAGGCUUAUGCCCGUUGUUGUGGAGGACGAAUACGAUACUCUGUAUCCUACUGAGUACAUCAAAGACCGCAACGGACAGUUUAUUUUGGACCAGUCCGUGGCGUUCACCAAUGGUAAGUUCCGCUGGGCAGAAUGUUCUAAUAGAAUAUUGCGAAAAGCUUUUAGCUUGAAACAAAUGGACCAAAAAGGGUAUGAGGAUAUUACAAAAGAAAUCGAGAAUUUAUCCUUCUAUUCCAGCUCACUUAUCAACCGUAUCCUUGAACCAGCAAAUAUCUUACCCUCUCAGGAGAAUUUUGCUGCCUUCUCAGCAAGUAUUCUUAGCACACUAGCAGAUAGAACCAAUCUACUUUUUUACAUGGCGCGUAACAAGUUGUCCGAUCACAAAAAGAGCACAACUAUAUCCUUGGGCGACUCUCCAGGUUAUAGAAGAUAUGAUCAUGUGAAGCUUAAGUCCAAAACUCUUGAUACUUCGUCUGUUGGUAACAUUCAAAUUGAAUGCGUUGAUGAGCAAUUGGUUGAACACCAAAUUCACUUACUUUCCGAGUUCUGUAAGUAUGGGUCUAUGCCUAAGAAUAGAAUAUUCUUAUGGGACAUUAGAAAGUUCCAGCCAAUCCAGUCGCUUCUUUCUCUUUUACGAAGUCUUUUAUUGCAGGCAAAGCAGUUACAAGUCAGGGAUAAUAGACCCUUUUUUAAAGAUUACCGUUUUGAUGACGAUAAAAAGGUAAAGAUUAUUGAAAAGUCCAUUUCCGAAUUGGACUAUUUAUCCACGCAUACCACAAGGCUUUGCAGCGAUCGUUGGCAACUCUUAAAGGAUUUGAAGGAUGCCACUUGGGCACAGUUGGCCAUUAAUUCAAGCUCUUCACAAGUGUCGCAGGAUGGCGAUGGUGAUGGUUCUGAUAAGAAUACUCUAUCUACGUAUUCUGACGAAUCUCUUGAUGCACCCGAUCAAGACUGGUAUCAAUUAUUGGAAGACUUGGAUAAGUUGCAGGCUGUUGUUGACGAAAACAUUAACAUGAAGGUUUGGGAUCAGAAGGCUGGUCAUUUCCUGGUAUAA